AUGUCCCAAGCCAACCAUCUUUCUUACUCGGCGCGAAUGCGUGGCCGUUCCAAACAACCAAUCUAUUCAUCUGACAAACGAGCAAAAUUCACUCAAAAAAGUGGUGUCAACGUUUAUUACAUCUACAUCUGGGAUCCAGGAUAUAUCACCAAGUAUCCAGCUGAACCUGCUAACAAGACAGUGAUGAUACAUAAAUCUCCAAUACUAUCUCAAAGAGUGGAAAGGGAUUUGCUUCCAAUGAUAACGACGAUCGAGGAAAAAGUGGAGGAAUCCAAAAAGAUAGAUCUGGCAUCCAUACUGCAAGAUGGUCUAAAAUCGAUGGAAUCCAAAGAGAGAACGUCUUUGGAUAAUGGAUGA